CACACUAUAUCCAGUUAUCCACACUCUCCUUUAUGGUUAGAGAGAUCGAGAAGUGUGAAAAAAAGAAAAGAAACAAAAAUCAGGCGAAACAACAAAAAUGUUGGCUAGGGUUUUGAGAUCUGAAUCUGCUACGAGAUUGAUCAGUAGGAGACUGAUUCAUGGACGUGUCGCAAAGAAAGGUACGAUAUCAACAAAGAGUUUACCUUCUUUGAGCCAAGGAACAUUUGGAGGAGAGGAAUUGAAAUUGACAAGUGGUUCUCAUUAUAUCAAAAGCUUAGAUGAUGCGAUCGAAUUGUUCGAUGAAAUGGUUAGAUCUCGUCCCUUGUAUUCGGCAAUUGAUUUCAAUAAAUUAAUUGGUGUCUUCGUGAAGAUGGAUCGACCCGAUGUUGCGAUUUCUUUGUAUCGGAAGAUUGAAAUGCGGAGGAUUCCAUGUAAUAUCUACAGCUUCAAUAUUCUACUGAAAUGUUUCUGCAGCUGUCAUAAGUUGUCCUUUGCUCUGUCUACAUUUGGCAAGGUCACAAAACUUGGUUUCCAGCCCGAUGUUGUUACGUUUAACACGCUGCUCCACGGGUUAUGUCUCGAAGAUAGGAUUUCUGAAGCGGUUGCUUUAUUUGAUCAUAUGGUUGAAACUGGAUGUCAACCCAAUGUCGUGACUUUUACCACACUAAUGAACGGUCUUUCCCGCGAGGGUUGAGUUCUUGAAGCAGUAGCUCUGUUUGAUCGAAUGGUUGAAACGGGAUGUAGACCCAAUGUUAUUACAUUCAACACGCUAAUGAACGGUCUCUCUCGAGUUCUCGAAACAGUAGCUUUGGUCAAUAAAAUGGUAGAAAAAGGUCUACACCCUGAUGUUGUUACUUAUAAUACAAUUGUAAAUGGCAUGUGUAAGAUGGGUGACACUGUUUCGGCCUUGAAUCUGUUAAAGAAGAUGGAGCAAAACCGCAUCAAAGCCAACGUGGUUACUUAUAAUGCCAUCAUGGAUCGUUUUUGCAAAGACGGGCAUCAUUGCGAUGCUCAAAAUCUAUUCAGUGAAAUGCACGAUAAAGGAAUUGUGCCAGAUGUGUUUACCUACACCUGUAUGAUAGACGGUUAUUGUAGCUUUGGUAGAUGGAGUGAUGCCCAAAGAUUGUUGCGUGAUAUGAUUGAGAUGGAGAUCAAUCCUGAUGUUGUAACUUUCAAUGCAUUGAUCAGUGCAUCAGUCAAAGAAGGGAAGUUCAUUGAGGCUGAAAAUUUUUGGGACGAGAUGCACCAUAGGGGUAUAUAUCCUAAUACAGUCACCUAUAACUCAAUGAUUGAUGGAUUUUGCAAGCAUGAUCGUCUAGAUGAUGCGAAACGCAUGUUUGAUUUGAUGGCUAAUAAGGACUGCUCUCCAAACAUAGUGAGUUUUAAUACUCUCAUUGAAGGAUACUGUAGGGCUAAGAGGGUUGACGAUGGGAUGCAACUUUUCCACGAGAUGUCUAGAAGAGGACUAGUUGCUGAUACAAUUACUUACAACACUCUAAUUCACGGGUUCUGUCAAUUAGGCAAUCUUGGUUCUGCACAAGACCUUUUCCAGGAGAUGAUUUCUCAGGGUGUGUGUCCUGGUACCAUUACUUGUAACAUUUUGUUGUAUGGUUUCUGCGAAAAUGCGAAACUAGAAGAAGCACUGGAAUUGUUUGAGGUUAUCCAAAAGAGUAAGAUUGAUCUUGAUACUGUUACUUAUAGCAUCAUCAUCCAUGGAAUGUGCAAGGGUGGUAAGGUGGACGAAGCAUGGGACUUAUUCUGUAGUCUGCCCAUCGAUGGUGUGGAGCCUGAUGUUCAAACUUACAAUAUAAUGAUAUCUGGAUUCUGUGGAAAAUGUGCAAUCUCAGAAGCAACUGCAUUAUUGUAGAAAAUGAAGGACAAUGGACAUGUACCAGAUGACUGCACAUACAAUACUCUAAUUAGAGGAUGCCUUAGACCUGGUGAAAUAGCUACAUCAGUUGAACUUAUCAGGGAGAUGCGAAGCAACGGGUUCUGCCGUGAUGCAAACACCAUGAAAAUGGUUGUUAAUAUGGUAUCUGCUGGUAAAUUGGACAAGAGCCUUUUGGAUAUGUUGUCUUAGUGUUUCUUGUGAAGAGGUCUUAUAACAUGUGCUUGAGAAAAGACAGAAAUCUUAAGAGAAGCCACAAAAGGUGAGUGUCUGAGGAACAAUUAACGUGGUAGAUCUUCUUUGUGUCUUACUGUGUUCUCUUGUUUACACAAGACCCUUUGAAUUGAUGUCAACUCUGUUUGGAAUAGCUUGGCUAAUCUGAUUUCCUUGCACUCAAAAGUUUGUAGCUUUUACAUAUGACAUAGGUAUCAAAACUGUUUGUUUUUCA